AGGGACGCUUGUGCGUAAGAAGUACAUUAAGAAGUUGUGGGGUGCUGAGAGUGAGCUCCGAUAGUUGAGGCAUGGCUUCACUCCGCAACGCAGAUAUGCACCUGAGAACUUAUAUCAAGCAGCACUCUCUGCCUGAAAUCUAUGAGGCUCUUUUGUGUGGUCUCUUAGUCAUGUGCCCUGAAAAUCCACUUCAGUUUUUGGAACAGAAGAUCAAAGAAAUGCUGAAGAAGGGUCACAACGCUCUUUUAUGGGAUGCAUUUAUAGAAGAAGCAAAAAAACCUAAAUUUAAGGCAAUGACAGGAAGCUAUCUAGAAUAUCUUUUUGGAAGAGAUGAAGAUCAACUGGUGUCUUCAGAAUUACUCAAGAAAGCUUACUCAUUUUAUAUCAACAAUCUGCAGAAGCUGUAUUUUAAUGCAUGGAUAGAAUACUGCUCAAUGAGAAAAGCAAGGAAGCAGGAGCUGAAUCUCAAACUGCAGGUUGCAGAUAAUCAUCACGCACACACAUUAUUACGAUCCAUAGUGAGACAGUGGGAUUAUUGGGUGAAAUAUCGCAAACAACAACAGUCAGUGGCAGCCACUAAAAUAAAGAAAGUGUUCAAUGAUGCAUUUAUGAAGAAGAUCUUAAAAGCAUGGCAUGCAGAAACCCAGGAUUCUAAAAAAAAAAGGGAAUAUUUUGAGCGUUUGGAAAGAGGAGACAUGGACGAUUAUGGAAAUUUUAAUUCUUCUCCACUUAGAGAAGGUGAAGAUAAUGUCUCACAGCUGCCACCAAAAGCAGUUCUCAAGAUCUUUAGUUUUGUGGAUUUGAUAGACCUGGCAAGAAGUGCUCAAGUCUGCCGAUCCUGGAAGAUUAUAUCACAGAAUAGUUCACUCUGGAGCAGUAUUGACUUUUCUUCAGUAAGACAAUAUGUUCAAGAUAAAUUUGUGGUUAAUACUCUGCGUAAGUGCCGCCUUUAUGUUAUAAGACUGAACUUCCGUAGCUGUUCUUCACUUCACUGGCCUACAUUUAAAGCAAUAGGUGAAUGUAAAAAUCUUCAAGAUUUGAAUCUUUCAGAGUGCAUACAUUUGAAUGAUGAAUCAAUAAGAAUUAUUUGUGAAGGAUGCCCUGCACUGCUGUAUCUUAACAUAUCACACACUGAUGUAACCAAUGCUACCCUACGAAUUGUGUCAAGAUGCCUUCUAAACCUGCAGUUUUUAAGCUUGGCUUACUGCCGCAAAUUUACAGACAAAGGCUUACAGUACCUGGGUUCAGGAAAAGGAUGCCCCAAGCUCAUCUAUUUAGAUCUGUCUGGUUGCACUCAGAUUUCAGUGGAUGGUUUUACAUUUUUGGCAGCGGGUUGCAAUUCUCUUCAGCAACUGAAGAUCAAUGAUAUGUUUACUCUGACAGAUAAAUGCAUCACAGCCCUCCUUGAAAAAUGCCAGAAUAUUCUAUCUAUAUCUCUUCUGGGCUCACCCCAUCUUUCUGAUGUGGCCUUUAAAGUACUUGCACAAGGACGUAAACUUGCAAAGAUCAGAAUAGAAGGGAAUAACAGAAUCACAGAUUCAAGCAUCAAAGCAAUAUGCAAAUUUUGUGCGAACCUAAAUCAUAUAUAUGUGGCCGAUUGUCAGAAAAUAACAGAUGUCAGCCUUAAAGCAAUCUCAGUAUUAAAGAAUAUUACCAUACUGAAUGUAGCAGAUUGCAUAAGGAUUAGUGAUCCAGGUGUCAGACAAGUCCUGGAAGGUCCUUCAGGAACCAAGAUACGGGAAUUAAACCUCACUAACUGUAUUAGAGUUAGCGACCUAUCCCUUCUGAGAAUAGCUCAAAAGUGUCAUAAUUUAACCUACCUAAGUCUUCGCUACUGUGAAAAUUUGACAGAUUCUGGCUUUGAGCUACUAGGAAACAUGGCCUCACUUAUUUCCAUAGAUCUGUCUGGGACAAAUAUUACAGACCAGGGAUUGUCAGCACUUGGGGCCCACAGCACGAUAAAAGAACUAAGUGUGUCUGAAUGCUUUGGGAUUUCUGACAUAGGAAUUCAGAAAUUCUGCCAGCAAUCCCGUGACCUGGAGCAGCUUGACCUGUCCCACUGUUCGCAAGUGACAAAUAACACAGUAAAAACGGUGGCAUUUUGCUGCAAGUUGCUUACGUCAGUCAACAUUGCUGGAUGCCCAAAGGUGACUGACUUGAGCAUUCAGUAUCUCUCUGGAGUGUGCUCUUAUCUCCAUGUCUUGGAUAUCUCUGGAUGUGUCAAUCUUAGCGACAGAACAUUAAAGUGCCUGCGGAAGGGAUGUAAACAACUUCAUAUCUUGAAAAUAUUAUACUGCAAGAGUAUUACCAAGGCAGCUGCAGUGAAGAUGGAAUCAAAGCUUCAACUGCUGCAGUAUAAUAAUGAAGACCCUCCCCUGUGGUUUGGAUAUGAUCGCCAUGGGAAUCUGCUGCAUGGGCUCUCUCAUUUGGAAGAAACGGAAGAAGCUGAGGAAAAUACACCCAAAAUGUUAUCCAAUGCAAGUGAUGAGAGUUUGUAAAGCAAAUGCAUAUACUAAAUGCAAACUUUAUUUGUAAUAAAUUAUUUUUCUGUUCCAAGCUAAAAUUGAAAUGGAGGUGGUGCUGCAUACAGUGUCAGCUCACAAAGAUCAUUGUGAAUACUUUUAACUUGAUGUAUUUCUGUUUGGUCUGAAGAUGCUUUUGUUUGGUGCCACAGAUUCACGCUGAAGUGACAGACAGGGGACCACUCAGUUCCCUUGCAAUUAGCUCAUUAAGAUUAUGGCCAACCGUGUGUGGUCCCAUUACACAUGAUCAGUGAGCAGAUUAAGCCUAUAAAUCCAAGUCUUUUUUAAAUUCUUUUUUUUUUUUAAUGGGAAAAAAAUGGUGAUAAAAGUUUAAUAUAAGCUUCUCAUAAAAAUAAGAAACUUUCUAAUUAACAUCCGUUAACAUGCUGUACUGAUUUUGAAAUAAUCUAGGUACUCUUUAGUAUCCUCCGACCAGCAUCUGUCUCUCUACACCCAGGAGUGAAUCAGAUUUGAAAUGACAGAUAGCUGAAAGCCAGUAAGCUCUAAUGCUAAUACACUGUCUAGGCAAUGAGAAACCCUGACUCCAACUCCUGCAUGACGAAAGAAGUAAGAGAGACAGAUUGCUGAGAGGGGGAUACUAAAAAGUAACAGAAUUUUAAUUGAAUUUAUUUAGAAAGUCCCCUUUUAACAAAACCCUCUCAUUGCCAGUGCCAUGCUUAAUUUCUGGCCAACUGUAAAGUUUCUGCUAAUCAUAAAAUUUAAAGAAAAGUUUUGUAGUUUUGUGUAUAAAAUUGUAAGUAAACACCACAAUAUGAUUCGUCUAUUGCUAACUACAGUGGCCAUCAUACAGGACUUUGUCUAGUCACCUUGAACAAUCCCUACAUUAGUGUUACUGACUAUGUACCCAACUUGGAACAAACAGGAAUUGUAUCCUUAGAAAAAAUAUUCUAGUUUAUAACGUCAAUGAAUAAUUGUGUUUUCUUAAAAGAAUUGGCAUACAUAACAGGCUACCCACGCAGAAGAUUGUCCUUAACGCACAAUAUUGCAUUAGAACACAGCAUUGUGUACAUACAAGAUAUUCUAUUACCUGUAUUAUCACUUGGAAUUAAAAUAGACAAAGUCUGUACGUGUAUAUAUUCAAGCUGUAAAACCUGUUGGAUUAAAAACCUA